AUGGUUACCUUUGCCACCCCUGCUUCGCGCCCAGCGGCGACAUCAUCCAAACCGAAACCCAACCCCUCCGUGUUAGCGGCCUCUUCGCCUGUGCCUAUCCUCAAAACCUCCAAGACUGGAACCUCGACGCCUUCACUCAAACGGAAAAUGACGAAUGUGGAUUUGUCGCUGUCGCCAUCGUCCGCGGCAUCCGAGGGAAGCGAUGCAGCUCCUAGCCCGAAGAAGCGGGUUCGAGUACAAUUCGAUAAGGAGGUGGAUAUGCGCGAGGUGCCGGCCAACGAGCCUAAGAUCCGUGAACAUAAUACUGGUACUGUGAUGGAGAAGAGCGCUGCUGUUGUUCGGGAAGAAGUUCGCAGAGCCCUUCAGCGUCAUAUCUCGGGUACGGAUAGUGAGGCCUACGACCGUAUUAAGGAGAUUUUCUCGGCCGAUCCGAAGCGUCAGGACGAGGAUGAGUCGUCGUAUGGUAUUCCCUCGCAUAGUACGUUGAAGCACCAUCUUAUGGGUUUGCUGUCGAAUGUUGCGUCAUUGGACCGCAGCUGCAAUGGGUUGGUGCAUGCGGUUUUGAGCAGUGAAUGGCUCGGGCGGGAUGAGUCGUAUGUGAAGCUGUUUAUUCGGUUUAUGGGGAAUCUGGCUGCCGCUCAGGGAAGCUAUCUCGGGUCCGUGCUGAAAAUGCUGGUCAAUAACUUGGGUGAACUGCCCAAGGGUAUUGGAAGGAUUCCCGGAUACGCUGUUGUUCAGGCUUCGGAAGUUUACACAAGAGUUCAUAUGGCGCUUCGGUAUUUGUUGCAGUUGAUUCCGUCUGGAAGUGGGUCGUUGUCUCCGAUCUUGUCGAUGAAUUUUCCAUUUGACACGGACUCGGCCAAGGCGAACAUUGCCUACACCCGGAAUAUCCUUCGUGUAGUUAGCUACGCCCCUGAACUUCAGGCCGAUGUUCUGGCGCUUGUUACAGAGAAACUGGUUAAAAUCGAUGUGCAAAUUCAGGUCGACAUGGAAGACUUUGAAGAUGAAGUGGGUGAGGAUCUCUUGCAUGAUACGAAUGUCGACGACGAUGAUGACGACGACAACGCUUCGGUUCAGAGCGACGACUCUGCUGAUGAUGAGUCGCGUCGCAUGCAGACUGUCAAGGACAACAUCCUCAAGUUGGAUGGUAUGAUCGAUCUGCUUUUCGAGUUCUAUGCACCUCCGUUCACGUCGGGCACGCUGGACGAAAAGGAGAACGCCUUGGACCUCCUGCUCAGUCACUUCCAGAGUAUCAUUCUUCCUACGUACCGCUCGCGCCACUCCCAGUUCCUUCUCUUCCACUUCUCCCAGUCCUCGCCGAUUCUUGUCGAUCGCUUUGCGGCGACAUGCGUGCAGCUCUUGUUUAACAAACUGCAACCCGGUAUCAUGCGUCAAUCGGCAGCUGCAUACCUGGCCAGCUUCGUUGCCCGCGGUGCACACAUUUCCGGUGAUGUGAUUCGCGACGUUUUCGAUCUCCUCACUACUCACCUGGACAACCUGCGGAUUGAGUAUGAACCCGCCUGCCGCGGUCCUGACCUCCGUCGCUACGGUCCAUUCUACUCAACCGCACAAGCCCUACUCUACAUCUUCUGCUUCCGCUGGCGUGACCUGACCACCGCUGCCAUGGAAGGCGACACUCCCGAUCAAGUCGACGAGCUCGAACCCGAAGAAAUCGAAUUUCCACCCUACAUCAAAGAAACCCUCCACAGAGCCAUCCAGUCCAAGCUCAACCCCCUCAAAGUCUGCUCACCCGCCAUCGUCUCCGAAUUCGCACGGAUAUCCAACCACCUCGAUUUCCUCUACCUCUUCAGUAUCCUCGAGACCAACAAGCGCAUCCGCAUCACGUCGUACCGCAGUCUAUCCUCCAUGGCAGACCCGCGCUUCAGCCAGGUAGAGCGGGAAACUCGCGCAGGCGAUGAUCUGGGAUACCAGCUCGAUGCAUAUUUCCCGUUUGACCCAUAUCAGCUCCCGCGGAGUCGACGCUGGUUGGAAGGGGAUUAUGUCCAUUGGCGAGGUAUCGCCGGUCUUCAUGACGGUGACGAUGGAUCGGAUAGUGAGGCUGGGAGCGAUGAGGAGAGUGUGAGUGAUGAUAUGACGGAGACGGAUGAGGAUUAG